AUGCUGGUUGCCAGAUACUCUGAAAUGAAAGUUUCUGAGAGGUCAACACAGCUACCAGAAUCAUUGAAAGAGAUGGAUGUUCACUUGGAACCUAAUUUGAAUCACCAAAAAAAGAAACGUGUAAGAUUUGCAAACAGCCAAUCAAUCCAUACACAGGUCCUCUAUCUAAAGUUGGGUGCAACCACCGAUUCCAUAUUGAGUGCCUUCGAUUUACCAAAGCAAAAGAUUGCCCAGUUUGCUCACACAAGCCUGAAGACUGGAUUCAAAGGAAACAUGAACUACGACUGCAAGAAGAAGCAAAAAGGUUUCAACCAGAAGAUUACUUUUGCUCUAAAACAGUUGUUUUCUUUUGGGUAG